GACCGGCCGGCGCGCGCCGCUCAGUCUACUCACAGACGUCGCAGCGAAAGCGCGACUCACCCUUGACAGCCGUGAAACAAUACGAUAAUAAAAAAACACACACCGAGAUAACAAAUGACGCGUUAACGCUUUAUUGGAACGAACAUGUGUGUCAACAACUGUGUUGUGUGAGAGAGUCGUUCGAGCUGUUCCGGCUGUCUAUAGGGUGUGGCGCAGUGAGGAUGUUAUUAUGUUUAUUGCAGGAACAAAAGACAAAAUCCUUUAUUUAUUAUUAACAAAACAAAAAAGUAACGAAAGGAAUUCGUAUCACUAUAACGCGAGAAACUCGGGAAAUGUAGAUGAAGUGAAGAUUAAAAUAAAUGGCAGCCACAUGGAGUCGCGGGCGCAGAUGAAUCAGUCGCUGCUGAACAAAAAUCGUCUUGAAGCCAACUACAGGUCAAGCUGUUCGCAAUCAUUGCCGCUUGAUAUUCUAUGGUUACCGCGGUCAUCGUUCCGGCCGGCGGAGGGCGAGCUGGCAGACUGCGUGCUGGUGGUGGGAGUGUCGCGGCCAAAGUUAGCCGCGGCCCUCCUGUCCGUAACUCUUUUAUCUCUGUUCCUCACCUUCCACGUGCUCUAUGACAGUGCCCUUUAUAGCAUACAAGCGGCUAGUAUGGCGUCAGCUGCCAGCGAGGGCCGCAAGAUAUUACAAAAUCAAGAGAGCAGUCGCACAAUAAGCCACCCUAUGGCUCUAAGAAAAAGGUUAAAAACACCUCGUGCCCCACGGCCAGCCCGUCGUCUCCCCCAGGCUCUUAUUAUAGGAGUUAGGAAAUGCGGAACGCGAGCUCUUCUUGAGAUGCUCUAUUUACAUCCUAUGGUACAAAAAGCCUCCGGCGAAGUUCAUUUUUUUGAUCGCGAUGAAAAUUAUGCUCUCGGUCUAGAAUGGUACAAGAGUAAAAUGCCUCUUUCAUUUAAGGGACAAAUAACUAUAGAAAAAAGUCCCAGCUACUUCGUUACUCCCGAGGUACCAGAGCGAGUUCGUGCUAUGAAUUCGUCAGUGAGGCUACUUCUUAUUGUGCGAGAACCAGUAACUCGUGCAAUAUCGGACUAUACCCAGCUUCGUAGUCGAGCCACCCCUUCAGCUCCUACUGUUUCGUUGGUUGGACACCCCUUGCCUGAUACUGUUAAGCCUUUUGAGCACCUUGCUUUGGCACCAGAUGGUUCAAUCAAUGUUGCGUAUAGGCCAAUAGCUAUAUCACUGUAUCAUGCAUACUUUCAUCGCUGGUUGGAAGUUUUCCCCAGAGAACAGAUUCUUGUUGUAAACGGAGAUCAGCUGAUUGAAGAUCCAGUACCACAAUUACGACGCAUUGAGAAAUUUCUUGGCCUUGAACAUAAAAUAGGAAGAAGAAACUUCUACUUCAACGAAACUAAAGGAUUCUACUGUUUGCGUAACGAUACCACGGAUAAGUGUUUGCGAGAGACAAAAGGUCGCAAGCAUCCCCGCGUAGACCCAGCGGUUGUCACAAAGUUACGUAAGUUUUUUGUCCAACAUAAUCAACGUUUCUACGACCUGAUCGGCGAAGAUCUCGGCUGGCCCGAGGAUUAAUCAGAUGAAAAAAUUGAUACCAUAAUCGUUGUGAUGAAAUUCAUAUCAAUGUAACACAUACAUAUCAAAAAUCUGUAGAUUUAAGGUUUUUUAAAAAUAUUUAUGUAUACAUUUUAGUGUAUAAUAACUUAAGAUAUUUAAGAGAUUUAUUAUUUAUAUAAAGGAGGUUUAUUAUUAUAGUUCGUAUUUUGGUAAUUAUGUUAGUUAUAUGUAUGUUAUGUUAAAUAUAUGUAUUUGUUCAAUUUUAGUUUUUUUUUUCAUGUUAUACGGGCAGUGUGUAAGAAAGGGAACAAAAUGUUAAAUAAAAUUCAAUGGUAUUUUUUUGCUUUCGCUGAUAGAUUUUUUUACUAGCAGUUUAUACAAACAUUUAAUAGAACUUAUCUACAGGCAUCUUGUACUGAUUUAAUAAACCGACCCACUGAAACCCUAAGCAAUAUAUUUUUAUAUAAUUGUGUGCUACCCUUAUACAACGGUUUUUAGAUAUACAAAUAUGAAUUUCAAUAUUUGUGAUCGUUUCGUUUUUUGAAAUCGAUUAAUUUUUAUAAUAUUAGUAGGUAUUAAAUAUAAGUAAGACCUUAUAUUGUUCAGCCAAAAGAGCCGUCUGACAAGGUAUUUAUCUAUAAAUUAUUAUAGAAGAGAGAUGUAUUUUAUUCCUAUAAUUAUGUUUUACCAUAAAAAAGAUAUGGAGUAAAGCGUUUUGCGCCCAGUUGCUCCUCGAACAACUGAUUUAGGUGUCACUGGAAUGCAAUAUUCCAGAAAUUUAAGGUUUCAAUCACGCUCGUGUCAUAAAAUUUUUAAUUUUAUACUUUCUAUUUGAAUUUAUUUCAUGUUAUAUUAUUGUUAAUCUGGAGUUUCGAAUAAUGCUAUUUAUAUACUAAAGUGUUGCAUCGAAAGGAUCCUCUUUUCCCAAACCACAUUUAAUGUUUCUAAAUAUGUAUAUAAAAAUUUAUGAAAAGAUAUGAAUUUAUAUGACCUUAAUUUUAAAAAAUAACACUAGUUCAAAGUGUUGUUUUUAGAGAGGACUAUAUUAUGAAAUUAAUAUUUCUAAUUGUUUGAUGAUAAAUUUAGUAUCGUGUCACGGCGGGCUUUUGGCUUUGCAAGACUUUUACCGAUAUAUGUGAGUGAGUGUUGUAAAUUAUUCGCUUUCUCUUUUUAGAUGUUGUAAUUUUUGGUCGUGCAACGUGUCUUAAUGUCUUUUCAUUUAUUAUUAAAUGUGAUUUUUCCAAUCUUAGUAAAUAUUUCAUAUUGUCCAAGUUCAAGAUGGUAACUUUAAUGUAGGUAUAAUGUUGUUGAAUUGUCUCUUUAGGAGUGAAUAUUUAGAUUACUGUAAAUCAGAAAAUCUGUGUGUCUAUAUGUCUAUGAUAUUUCCCUUUUACCUUAUUAAGAUAUUCUUUGAAGUGUGGUCACGCUGUAGCAUAAAUGUCACGCUAAUUUUAUUAAAGGUUUUAGAAUUGAAUAUUCGACGCGGGUUUUAGGAAUAUCUCUAUUUAAGUGUAACGUCCAAGACUGAAGAGUUAGUUGAAUAAGUCUAAGUGAUACCUAUUUAGCAUAAAAUGUCCAUAGGUAAGACGCGAGAUGGCAGUCACAACCUUAACCUUACCACCGAGUAUAAUGUGUAAUGAGGGCACUUGAAACACUUUAGCGGGUACAUUUUCCGUAGGAGUUUUUGCUUCCUAAUACAAUUUUCACGAUCAACGAAUAUUUAUAUGUUUUAUAAUUCCGAAUUUUUGUGAACGUACCUUAAGAGCACGCGAAAAUAUACGAUAAAAAUGUGAUUACAUCGUAGUUUAAUAAGAUAUUAACAAUGUAGUUACCUAAAUCAAUGACGCUGAUAUAUUAAGCAAACUGCUGGAGUUGCAGUUGACAUAAAAUUAGCUCUUCCGACAAAUUUUAAUUUUUACUCUCUUUAAAUUUAUUUACAAAUUCGGUCAUUUUUACAUAUUAUUAUGAAAUUAAAUAAUGUACAACGAGGUGAUAAAAUUUUGGAGAUGUUGUAUUGAAAUAAAACAGAUGGGCAACAGUCAUAAUAUUGUAGGAACCUUUUUACUUGUUUUGUCAAAACAAAUUGUUAAUUAUAAUGAAUUUUAUAUUAAAAAAAAAUUAAACUGGCAAAUAUUACUGGCAAGUUAACGAGAUAUCACAAAAAAAAUAUAUUAAAAUCUGAAAGUACAUUAAUUGAUAUCGAUGAAGAAUAAUUAUAGGAAAUUUCAUUAUAUAAUAAAUAAAAUGACGUAGGAUUAUUUUAGAACAGAUAAUUAGUUUUUUUCUAAAAUUAACUUCAACUUCAGCGAUUUGUUUAAUAACAAGAAUAUCAAGCAUAUCAAUUUUUCAAUAUUUAUCAUUAAGUUAUAAAUAUAUUAGGUAGUUGUUUUAAUUGUAUCUUUUAAAGUAAGUCUAUUGGUUUAGAUCUAAUUAGUUAUUAGAUAAUUUUAAUCACUGUUAAAUGUUGUGCACUUUCGAAUGUAGUUUUUAUCUGAUUAGGGCAAUAAUUUUUGUAGUUAAAUUAUUUAGAUAUAAUUAAUGUAUAUUCUCUGAUGUUACGUUUUAUCCUAAUCAAAUAUUUAUAUUUUUUGUUGUUUAGUCAAUUAAUUAUAUGUAUAUAUCGUUUUGUUGUCUACGCACUAAACCUUUUAAAUAUUACUUGAAUCUUAAUGUUACAUUUCCUUGUAAAUAUCUUCUAAAAAUUUCUUUCUAUAAGUUAAUUGUACUUGUCUUCAAUAAAACUUAAAACAUU